AUGGGCCAAUUCCAUUCCACUAGCCAGGCUAGCUCGGGCGUUUCAGAACAACCAGGUCGGAAGACCGACUACUAUGAGCUGCUUGGUAUAACCCGUGGUGCAACCGAUGAUGAGAUCAAGAAAGCAUAUCGGAAAAAAGCUCUUGUAUUGCACCCAGAUCGAAAUUAUGGGAAUGUUGACGAGGCUACCAAGCUGUUCGCCGAAAUCCAAUCCGCUUAUGAAGUCCUGGCCGAUCCCCAGGAACGAGCAUGGUACGACUCCCAUAGCGAUGCAUUUUUAGGGACCAGCGGAAAUACCGAUGAUCAACACUCGUACAACGUUCGAAUCACAACAGCCGAAGAUGUCCUCAAACUCUUUUCGAAAUUCAGUCCUCGAAUGGAAUUCUCCGACUCCCCGACCGGAUUCUUUGGUGGUUUGCGAGAGCAAUUCGAACAGCUCGCGUUGGAAGAAAGAUUGGCCUGUCAGUGGGAGAAUCAAGAUCCUAUCGAAUAUCCAUCAUUUGGAUCCGGUAAUGAUGAUUUUGAGACCGUCGUACGGCCCUUCUAUGCCGCCUGGACCGGAUUCUCCACCCAAAAGUCAUUCGCAUGGAAAGAUGUUCAUCGUUAUUCCGAAGCUCCUGAUCGUCGGGUGCGACGAAUGAUGGAAAAGGAGAACAGACGUCUUCGGGAGGAAGGCAUCCGAGAAUUCAACGAUGCUGUCAGGUCCCUCGUGGCUUUUGUCAAGAAACGUGAUCCACGGUACAAAGUCAAUACCCAAAGUGAAGCUCAGCGCCAGGAAACCCUCCGCCAGUCUGUGGCUGCACAAGCUGCAAGGUCACGAGCUGUGAAUCAAGCCAAGAUGCGGGAUCAUGUCCUCCCCGAGUGGGCCCAGUCAGAACAACCAGUGGCAGAUGAAGACCAGGAGAGCGAAGAGAGUGAAGUCGAGAGUUUUGAAUGUGUGGCAUGUCACAAAUAUUUCAAAAGUCAGAAGCAAUUCGAGGCGCAUGAACGUAGCAAGAAGCAUUUGAAGACGGUCAAACAGCUAUGCUGGGAGAUGCGAAUGCAGAACCACGAAUUGGAUUUGGAGUCCACUGAUGACCCGAGUGCGAAUGCAGUUCCAACUAAACCCCUUGAGGUUGAUGACGGGGAAGAUGAGGUUUCUGCUGCCUCGGGUGUCGAUCUGGGAUUAGAUACGUCUGUGGAGAGCCACAGUGAGUCUAAGAAUGGAGGAAGUCCACAUGGUCUAGAGAAGACAACUCCUUUUUCCGAGCUAGAGGAAGAGCUAGAGGAAACAAGUCCCCCUUCCGAACUAGACACCCCAGCAUCUUCGCACGAUGACGAUUAUGUCUCCAGGGAAUAUGUCGAGACGAGGCUCCGGGCCGAUAUGGAUUCUUUGUCCACGGGCGCCGGAGACUCCUCUGAUAUACCCGAUAAUCCGGUAUCUUCAGACCUCACUGAGCAGUCACCAGCUCUCAAAAUGGGGAAAGCCAAGCAGAAACGGGCGAAAAAGGCCGCGAAGCAGGCGGAUCAACCCACGGGGUUCAUCUGUGCAAAUUGCCAGGCUCCCUUCACAACCAAGUCUAAAUUAUUCAAUCAUAUCAGAGACCUCGACCACGCACAGCCCUUGACGGGGUCUGUUGCUAAGAAGGGGAGGAAACACUAG